ACACACGUGAGUGACACCGAUUAUCACAACAAGGCGAGCCAGUAUGUAUCGCACGAGGAGGACUGCACGCACCGACACCUGAUGGAGAUCGGGCAUGCUCUAUUCGUGAUCACCGGCUUCCAACAACCUACUGGGUCUUCACUACCUCUUGUGCGAUCUCGCGGCGCCUCGCCAUCUUGCGCUACUAUGGGCCUCGUAGAUCCCUUCUCCGCUGCGUCAAAACCCAUGCCAGAUUGGGAUACGAUCCCUUCUCGCCCUCUGCCGUUCGCCGCGACCUUGCACGCCUUGGACCUCAAUGCCCCAUGCAUCCCGCGGCUCCCACGACCCCUACGCAGCGAUUAUGAAGAACUUCCCAAGGUUUUCCCAUCUCCUCCCUAUCGCCACGGCCAACAUGGGAGCCAGACGGCCAGUCUUGCUCUCCGCCAUGACGGCCCGAGUAGCCCAUCAUGGAGACUGCCAAGAGGCAAACCCGGGAGCGACGAGUGGAUGGAGAGCAUGGUCGCAAACUGCGUUGACAAUGCGAAGUGCGACUUGGAUCUCUCCGGUUGUGGCUUGGAAACGAUCUCCACCAACAUCCGUGACCUGCGUGACUUGGUUACAUUGGCCGUAAAGUCGCCCUCGCAAUGUCCAAGUCCAGCAAGCUCAUGGGCUGCCCAAUUACCACGCGCCGAGACGUCGGACCAGCACCCACGGCAACGCCUACGAGGUGGCGAGCGACAGCUUGCUCGGACGCAGUCAGCCCCAGCUUCUGCAGCGUUCUUCGCACGCGUGAACGAGGCUUACUCCGAUUUAUCAGGCAGCCCCCGCGGCUCUCUGCUCCCGGCGCCCCAGAUUGAACAAGUCUCUCACCCCAGCGUAUCUACAGGGCGCCGUUUCACUCGCAGCAAGACGGGUACCGCGUCGGUGACGCGAACACAACCUGCUGUCGGAGUUUCUCUCGGCGGGAAUCGGCUGAUAAGCCUACCUACCGCUCUCUUCGAGAUCCGCAACUUGACUUUUCUGAGUCUUCGCAAUAAUCAACUUCGUGCGCUCCCCGCAGCCAUCGGGGAUCUCGUACAUUUGAAGGAACUCAACAUCAGCAACAACCUCAUUGAUUGUCUUCCAUCGACUAUCAUCGACCUCGAGCAUUUGGAGGUAUUUUCUUGCGACCCCAACCCCUGGUUGCCGCAACCAUCAGCGCAUAACCAAGAAGAACUCCAAGUGCGACGGACGCUGGGCCCUCUGCAAAGGUUUCAGGAAAGCUCAGUGCCACGGCUUGCUGCACUGUGCAUGAUUGUGCUCUUGUCUCCGCGACUACCUUCCAACCUUCCCCCGUUCAUGUCCUUCGACUGGGACGCGCAUCGCAUCAACGGCAAACAUCCUCUGCUGGACGUCGAGGGACUGCAACGGGAGAUCCUUCCCGCAUUCUCCCUCACGGAAUUGCGACGCAUUCUUCAGGCGGUGAAGAGUGGGUGCGACUCGGGGACAGAUCCGCGACGAGCAUCAAGGCGGACAGCUUUUGAUCGAUUCCCUGCCUCCCAUGGGGUACCACCACCAGACGACGCCUCGACAAACAUGUACUACUAUCCAUGUCCGUCGCCCAGGCACUUGGAGUAUGACGAGGACUCUCGAGAGGAGCCCCUUCCUCGCCGCGUCUUUCUGCAUCCAGCAGAGGAGCGCAUUGAAUGGCGGACAGUCGCCGGCGUCAAAGGACUCCCUAUCCGCUGGCUGGGAUGCUCUCCGGGCUGCCUGACCUUCCUGGAGGAGGAGGAAGAGGAGGACUGGCCGUUGGAGGGUUGUGAGGGUGAAUCAGCAUGGGAAUGAGCAGCUGUUGUGGCCAUUAUACCUCUUCAUCAUGUGCAUGUAUCAUUUGAGCGGCCGAGCCCG